ACAUAUGAUCUUAUCCUACACCGUGUCCCACCAGAUUACUCAUCGUCACGCACCCGAAAAAGCCCUCACGAAGGUCGAGGUCCAUAAAUGGCGCAUUAACUAGAAACCCCCAAAAGAAAGCGAAGUUUCACAGCUGUAAAACCCAAUCACCUCUUCGCAUGUGACUUGUAGGACUCUCUACUCUCUCUUCUUAUUUUCUUCUUCCUCUUCGCUUUCGUCUCCAACAUCGCAAUGGCAGCUCCGUCUCUGAAUCUCCUCCUCAUCCUUGUCUCUCUUGUCUUCAUUUCACUCCCGCGAUCUGAAUCUCUCCCCGAAAAUCCAUCCCUGAUUCUUCUAGGCGACGGAUUCGGCUGGCCCAUCUCUCACGGCGACCCGUUCGACGUCGACGGAGAUGUGAAGGAAGAAGACGACGUCGGUGGCGCAGAUCGACGGUCAUUGUACUGGCAGAGGAGGAAAUACUACAUCUCGUACGGUGCAUUGUCGGCGAAUCGAGUCCCGUGUCCUCCCAGAUCUGGAAGAUCGUACUACACUCAUAACUGCUUCAGAGCCAGAGGUCCGGUGCAUCCGUACCGUCGAGGCUGCUCGUCGAUCACUCGAUGCCGGCGAUAAGAGGAAAAGAGUUUGCUCUAUCCCCCAUGGGUAUUUUCGUAAUUUAGUUACCACGGACUCUGUUUGUAUUUGGAGUGUGUUCGAUCUAUUGUGUAAGCCUAGAUUACUCCUGAUUAAGUUUGCCCCUUUUCAGAUACUUCCAAUUAAUAUGUAAUCAAAAGUGUGUAUGGUAAUUACUGAGGUCAUGAGAGGUGGAUUGGUAAUUUGAGAUUGGUCUUGCGUUUUUUGUCGGUGGGUUUUAAAACAUUUUUUCUUUUCUUUUCUUUUUGUACUGUCUUGUAUGAAGCUUAAAUCCGGGAAUCACAUGUAUUUGGAUUUAUCUGAGUCUGUUAACGUUCAACCUUUCCAAUAUAAAGUUCGAAUGUGGUUUUCA